GACUAAAAUGGGUCAGACUCCGGAGAGAAACCAGCCAUCAUGUAAUGUAGUUCAUCGAGCUGGAGACGGAAACAAGACGCUAACGACGUUUUAAAAACCGCUCCAACAUGUCGCCUGAACGCACCAUCUUUCCCUCCACAUUUAACGGUCGGCGAUGACGUAUUAACGGACAUUUAACGCAGAAAAACGGUUUAAUUUAUUUUUUUUGAAAUCAACAUGUCCUCUCGGGAUGGGUGAAGCAGCAUACUGGGACUGAACUGGUUUAACUGGGAUCUCUCCUCCUGCUGCUGCUGCUGCUGCUGGGCUCCAAACACUGACUCAUCAGGCUGUUGACCGACCGACGGAGGGUGAUGGACGCCGGGCAGAGUUAAUCUUUGUCCUCGGGGGAGAAUAAAGGAGACGGGUUAAAGUCCUGCAGGGUGGACUGUGGACCCAGAGACCUACGAGCAUCUGAUGGAGGACUGUUCACACCGUCGCCCUGUGUAUUUGUGUGGAUCUCUGCCCUCCUGCGUUGGACUCUGAACUGAUCCCGAUCACGGCCUGUACGCCUGCAAGCAGACAUGUCUCCUCCAGCUUCCUGUUCGCGCUUGUGGACGCCCCGGCUGCUCCUCACCGCUCUGCUGAUGUUGACCAUGAUGACAUCACUUCCUGUGUCGGCCGUGGAGGCGGAGACGUGUUUCUCCAGACAGCACCAGAGCGUGAUAGUGAACGUCAGGCUGGCUUUAAACAGGCCGACGACGGUGAUGGACGCCCGCGAUGUGCGCUCUGAGAGGGACUGCGUGCUCGCCUGCUGCUCCGAGGAGGUCAAACCAGGUGCUAAGUGCAACAUGGCGGUCUUCAACUCCAACAAACAAGCAGGUGAAGAUAACUGCUUCCUGUUUCACUGUCAGACGGAGCAGGACUGUCCUCUGAUGAAGGCUGAGGACGGCAUCAACACCUACGACAUCUACAAAGGUUUGAUUCAUCCAACCACAGUGAGACCUGCUGCCAUGACAACCACCACCGUCUCCACCACCACUACCACUGCGCCAACAACAACCACCACCACACAACUGACGACCACCACCACUACAACCACAACCACACAGAGCACGACAACUCCAACAACGACCACUACAACGACGACUGCACCGACCACGACCACCGUGCAGGCUCCCACCACCACCACAACACCACCACCUCCACCUCCACCAAUCAUCAUCAUCGCCACCAUGCCUCCUGUGACUCAACCACCAGCGGUCGCCACAACUCCAACUACGACGACAACUACAACAACACCAGCUACGACUUCACCAGCUACGACAACCACGACGACCACCAUGAGGAAACCGAACCACCCCAACAGGAAGCAAAACAAAACCCCCAAGAAAACAAAACCACAUCCUGUCAGCACCACCACCUUAGCCCCGCCUCCUCAGACCUCCACCGCAUCACUUAUUGUUGUAACGGCUGCACCGAGAACUACUGAGAAACUACAGCCGCGCACUGAAACUACAACUACAACAACUCCGACCACGACGACCACGACUACAACUACCCCGACAACGACCACAACGACCCCAACAACAACUAGUACGACCCCUCCUACUACGACUACGACUACGACUACGACUACAACAACUCCAACCACGACUACUACGACUACUCCUAAAACUACAACGACGACAACCACCACUGAGCCGCCAACGACCAGGGCGACUCAAGCGGUGAGUCUAAUCAUCGUCCCCAAAGGCGCCGUCCAAUCAGAUCCCGCCCUCCAGUCUGACCAUGCCUUCCAGAACUCAAGCAUCAGCCGGGGGAAGGCGGUGGCAGCGCGGGGGGCGUUGAAGAGCGGGGUGGUGGCGUUCAUGGUGCUCGGGCUCGCCGUGCUCACGCUGGCUCUGGCGGUCGGUGGACGGAAAGCUAUGGAGUCCUUCGACAGACGCCAUUACACGAGACUGGAGCUGAACGACCUGCACUAUGAGGUGUGAGGAGGGACUAAACUCUUCUGCGGGUCUUUGAUUUUUUUUUACUACUGAAGCUCAGAAAGGACAAAAAGCAGGACUCACGAUGAGUUAGAUUACGAUUGUUAACGUUUGAUUCAUGACGUUUUUUGAUUUUCAAACAGCACAAAGUUACACAAUAAUGGAAUGUCUACUUCACUACGAUAAAGGGGGCUUGGCUAAAGAGAGAACUCGAUUCUGAUUGGCCAGAGGGUGUGCACUAUUCUGCAAUAACCCCACAGCUCUGGAACCGUUUAUUAACGUCCACAUCGUUAUGUUCACGCCCUGAAAUAUGAGUUUGAAGACUUUUUCUUUCUUGAAUUUUAAACUGAAACAUUUUAUAAUUUGUUUUAUUUGGCAGAUUUUACAGCCGUCCUGAUGUGAUUUUCAAUAUUUAAAGGAAUAAUAACGUUCUACAUGAUUCUCAUUUUACUGAAAAACAAUCAAUGACAGACAUUUGGCCUUUAACCUUUAUAUUGAGUCCUGUGUGACAACAAUGCUCAGAUAUACGGAAGCCCUCAGCGGACAAUUUGGUUUGUUUCUCUCGUUGUCUUGAACGCUGGUUUGUCUGGGAUGACACCUUAAGUUCUUGAGAUCUCGAGAAAAUGCUUCAAAUGAAGUCGAUAUUACGGGAAACCAGGCGAUGCUAUCCCAAGAUGACAAGAUAAAUAAAUUGAGAGGAAAUGUAUUCGUUACCACGGGGAAAACGGGGUAAAUCAAAAUGUAUGGAUGCAUGUCCGCUUAGGGCUUCUUUCAGCCUCACUUUGUGAAGUUGGUACUCCACUGUACGGAAGCCCAAAGAGGACAUGCAUUCAAACAUUUGAUUUUAAUCCGUUUUUCCAGUGAUGCUAAAUUAAUCUUGGUUGUUUUCACAAGAUCUCAACUUGCUGGCUUUUUCCAAACAGUUAAUUUGGUUUUAUGUGUUAAUGUAUGCCCGCUUAAGGCUUCCAUACCUCAAGCCUUUAUUUCUUGCGUUAUUUAUAAUCACAGGAGAACGACUCAAAAUACAACAUUUAAAAAAGGCAUUUUAAAGCUUUAAAAAUAUUCUCGGUUCAUGGCAGAAUAUGAAGUUAAUGUAAAAAUACGCUAUCUGGUUUAGCUACUCCAAAAAAAAAAAAAAGAUGACAAAUCAAGAAACAUCAUCAAAGUGAUGCCUAAAUUAUUAAAGGAAGAAUGUGCGACAUGUUCCACAUAAAUAUAUAAUCGAGGAAAACAGCUUGCGGUCAGUUUGGACGCUCAAAUAGGAAACAAUGGAAUCAAUCUGAUUUUGUUGCUAGCUUGUGUCGUGUGCUGUUAGGACAGGCUGUAAUAACACACCUUUGCACAUGAUACCUGUAAACAUUCUUUAUUUUAUUUUAAACACAUUUCAUGCAAACAUUAACACAUCGACGUUAGGAGGGUUUUCAGAAAAACCCAACUUUUUUUUUCAACAUGGCAGCUUUAUGCCUCCGUAGUGUCUCACAAUUGACCUUUUCUUUAACUUUUUGGAUUUUAUUUCAAUCUGCAUUUUAUUUCUGACUUUUAUUGAUGUUGCUCAAAGCUGAAUCUGUGCCAGAGAGUGAGUUCAAUAACUUUUUUAUGUCUUUUUUUUUUUAUCCUCCGUCCAAUUAAUUUAAGUGAACUUAAACAUCAGCUGCCGAUGGAAGUCAAAGAAACAAACAGCAAUAUUUUUAUCCCUGAAUCUCAGGAAGCCUCUGAAGUGGAGCUAAUGUAGAGAAACACUGGAUUGUACGAGCGGACACACAUCUGAACAUUAGGCCCAGCGUGGUUUUGAGGCCUUCUUUUUGCCAUGGGGCGAGUUAACCCUUUGUGUAUAAGACGUACACCUGCAUGACUUUUUACUUCCACCUGCUUCAGCCAUACGAGCCUGUGACUGCUUCUCCAAACACACACACGCCGUCUACACGUCGGACUCACUCUCUCACUGUGUCGUUUUUGUAUUUUGUCCACAUUUUUCUUCUUUCACAUGUGGAACAAAAUGUAAACGAUGGAUGCAAUUCUCUGAAAAUCAAUGCACUAUUGUGUCCUGUGUUUUUUGAUAAAUAUGAUAUGCUUCUUUUUGAAUAUUAGAUUGUUUUUCAUAGGUAAGAGUACACUGGCCGCGCACUAUUUUCCUAUAAUAAUAAUAAUAAGUAUGUUUGUAAUGGAUGUCUGUGUUUUUGGGGGUGCAGACUGAAGCUGCUGCAGCGUCAGUCCACCACCAGGGGGCAGCAGCAGCCUGAUGAACGCCUGAAGCUGCACUUCUUUUGACUUGUUUUCACUUCUCUUGCUUUGAAACUUUUCUUACAGUGUCUGAUUAAUUACAUCGAUGGAAAUAGUUUGGUCUCGUUUUGUGAAGUGAUGCUUUUGCAUAAGUUUGGACUUUGAUGUUUUGUUCUUAUAAGAAUUAAAAAAUGUGAUUUUUGAA